CUGGACUGGUGCUUGGACCAGCUGGAGACACUGCAGACGCGGCACUCGGUCAGCGAGAUGGCCUCCAACAAGCCCCCCUGUGCUGCCCCAGACAAGCAGCAUGAGGUGGAGAUCACCUCGGCGCUGGCCAAGGACAAGGAGAAGGAGCGGAGGAAACGUCCCAUGUCCCAGAUCAGCGGCGUCAGGAAGCUCACGCACGGCUCCAGCCUCGCCGCCACCUCCGGCAUCCCUCGCUUUGGGGUGCGGACGGAGCAGGAGGAGCUGCUGGCCAAGGAGCUGGAGGACACCAACAAGUGGGGGCUCAACAUGUUUAAAGUCGCCGAGUACUCGGGCAACCGCCCACUGACGGUCAUCAUGUACAGCAUCUUCCAGGAGCGUGACCUGAUGAAGACCUUCCGCAUCCCCGUCAACACCUUCAUCACCUACAUGCUGACACUGGAGGACCACUACCACGCUGACGUGGCCUACCACAACAACAUCCACGCCGCCGACGUGGCUCAGUCCACCCACGUCCUCCUCUCCACACCUGCACUGGAGGCUGUCUUCACAGACCUGGAGAUCAUGGCUGCUAUCUUUGCCAGUGCCAUCCAUGAUGUUGACCACCCUGGUGUCUCCAACCAGUUCCUCAUCAAUACCAACUCGGAGCUGGCAUUGAUGUACAAUGAUGCUUCGGUGCUGGAGAAUCACCACCUGGCUGUGGGCUUCAAACUUCUCCAGGAGGAGAACUGUGACAUCUUCCAAAACCUGAGCAAGAAGCAGAGGCAAUCCCUCCGCAAAAUGGCCAUUGACAUGGUGCUGGCCACGGACAUGUCCAAGCACAUGAAUCUGCUGGCGGAUUUGAAAACCAUGGUGGAGACCAAGAAGGUGACCAGCCUGGGGGUGCUGCUGCUGGACAACUACUCUGACCGGAUCCAGGUCCUGCAGAACAUGGUGCACUGUGCUGACCUCAGCAACCCCACGAAGCCGCUGGAGCUGUACCGGCAAUGGACCGACCGCAUCAUGGUGGAGUUCUUCCGCCAAGGAGACCGGGAGCGGGAGAAGGGGAUGGAGAUCAGCCCCAUGUGUGACAAGCACACCGCCUCUGUGGAGAAGUCCCAGGUGGGCUUCAUCGACUUCAUCGCCCACCCGCUAUGGGAGACGUGGGCCGACCUGGUGCACCCUGAUGCCCAGGAGAUCCUGGACACACUGGAAGACAACCGGGAAUGG